AUGGGAGGUGGAGCUAGCGGGCGCUAUAUGCCGCCCGCACUUAAGAGGCAAAUGCUGGCGGCAGCGGCGGCAGCGAGCAGUUCGGCUGAGCAGGAGCAGCGUGAAAGCUGGGAGAUUCUCAAAAAGCGCAUCAAUGGGCCAGUGAACAAAGUCAACACGGCAAACAUCAAGGAUAUCGUCGUCGAGCUGUUUUCAGCCAAUUUGAUUCGCGGGCGUGGUCUGUUUUGUCGGUCGAUUAUGCGGGCCCAGUCGCUUUCAUCCUCGUACACACCGGUGUAUGCGGCGCUGGUGGCAGUUAUCAACACGAAACUGCCCAUUGUCGGCGAGCUUUUGAUUGCCAGACUGAUAUUGCAGUUCCGCCGCGCCUUUAACCGCGAUGACAAGGACAGGUGUAUAUCGACUGCCAUGUUUUUGGCCCACCUGACCAACCAGCGUAUCGCCCAUGAGGUCCUUGCUUUUCAGGUGGUCUCUCUUUUGCUCGAGACGCCCACCGACGACAGCGUCGAGGUGGGCGUGGCAUUCAUGCGCGAGGUAGGUGCCUUCCUGACUGACGUCGCACCCCGCGUGCUCAAUGCGGUAUUCGACACCUUACGUUCGAUUCUGCAUGAGUCUGAUAUUGACAAGCGUGUUCAGUACAUGAUUGAGGUUCUCUUCCAGGUUAGGCGCGACGGAUUCAAAGACAGUCCUGUUAUUCCAGAGGGGUUGGAUUUAGUUGACGAAGACGAACAGAUUGUGCACGAAGUUGCAUUGGACGAUGACGACCUGGACGCCCAGGACGAGCUAAAUGUGUUUCAACUUGACAACAAUUUUUCUGAGAGCGAGAGCAAGUACAACAGCAUCAAACGUGAGAUUCUCGGUGAAUCUUGCUCAGACAGCAGCUCGGAUAGCGAAGCUGAGAGCGAGGGCGAGGUGAAGGCGGCUGGCGAUAAAUCAGCAGGUGCGCCGGGAGUUCAGAAGAUUCACGACUUGACUGAGACCGAGCUAGUGAACCUCCGGCGGACGAUAUACUUGACGAUCAUGUCCAGCCUCAGCUUUGAAGAGGCUGCGCACAAGCUGCUUAAGAUAGAGAUCCGCCCAGGCGAGGAGCAGGAGCUGUGCAACAUGGUCAUCGAGUGUUGCUCUCAGGAGCGCACGUACAAGAACUUUUUCGGGCUUAUUGGCGAGCGGCUGUGUAAGUUGAACCGUGCAUGGUGCAAUGGAUUUGUGCUGGCCUUUGCCUCGUGCUACGAGAACAUACAUCGGUAUGAAACCAACCAUCUGCGCAACAUUGCGCACUUCUUUUCGCAUCUUUUGGCCACCGACGCGCUGCACUGGUCCGUGCUGCAAGCCGUUGUGCUGACCGAGGAGGCCACCACUUCGUCAUCGCGCAUUUUCCUCAAGAUUCUCCUCCAGGACCUGGCCGAAGAGCUUGGUCUGAAGACGCUCAACGAGAAGCUAAAGUCCACAGACCUGAGGGUAUCCGAGGCGGUCAAGGGCAUGUUCCCAAGCGACAGCGCAAAGGCCACCCGCUUUGCCAUCAAUUAUUAUACCAGCAUUGGCCUUGGCGCGAUCACCGAGGAGAUGCGCGAGUGGCUCAAG